AACACUGAAAAAUGUUGUAUUAAAAAUUGCAAAAAUAUUUUAGAAGUGUUUUUUACAAUAGUCCAAAGUUCCAAUAAAGAUUUUUCGAAGGCUUUGUUGAAAAAAUUUAUAAUUGGAAUUACAAGAAAUGCAAAGAAGCGUAGUUUAACUGGAGGCAUCCGCCAAUCUUCAAUACAUAGAAGAAAAAAAUCAAUGGUUAAAAAACAACGUUUAAGUGGAAACAGAAAAGGUGUUGCUCAAAGACAAGGCGAAAAUGAAAUUUUUUAUGAAAAUGAGCAAUCAUUUAAUGAAGAAAAAGAAUAUGAUGAAGAUAACGAUGAAUAUGGUAUGGAAAAAUAUGAAGCUGACGGUGAAGAUGCUAUAAUAGAACAUGACGAGGUUGAAGAGGAAGAUGAUAAUGAUACAGACACGGACUAAAAGAACAUUUUUAUUAAAAAAACUUUUUAAUUUACAUUCAAGUUUUGUUUAUUUUUAAUAGUGUGUAGAAGAGGAAUAAAAACAAUUUUACUUUCA